AUGGGUGGCGUUGAUACCAGUAAGCGGAAGCCACGACAAACCAAGGGAACAGUAAUCAACCGGACGCGCAAUCGAUUCGCUUGGGUGGUGCUGGCUGUCGGUACGGCAAGUUUUGCCGUGUACUAUUCUAUUUUAAACUACGCCGGUGGAGAACGGCUGCAGGAACGAAUACACAAAGAUUUUUUCGAGAAGACGGACGAGGAAAUUGAUCGGAAAAAUUUGAUGCGAUUUAGUCUGCUGGCGCCGCAUCGAGGUGACACUAUUCGGCAGUUACUUGAGGAAGAGAAAAUUGAUCGAAGCAGAAAGUAG